AUGAGUGAAGCCAAAAUCAGAAUUGAGAAUCUGUACAAAAUCUUCGGCCCCAAUCCGCAGUCGGUUUUGGGUGAUGUUCAGCAUGGCAUGUCGAAGCAGGAACUGCUUGAGAAACACAGUCAUGUUCUUGGAUUGAAGGACAUCAACAUUAAUGUUCCUGAAAGAGAAAUUUCGGUGAUUAUGGGAUUGUCGGGAUCGGGCAAGUCUACCUUGAUUCGCCAUAUCAACCGCUUGAUCGAACCCACUUCGGGCCGAAUUGUGAUUGACGAUCAGGACAUUCUGGGAAUGAGCAAGGAUGAGUUGAUUGAAUUUCGAAGAUUUCGAGCUUCCAUGGUUUUUCAGAAAUUUGGGUUGCACGUCCACAAGACUGUCGCGAGUAAUGUCGCUUAUGGUUUGACAAUUCAGGGCACGCCGGAAGCGGAAUCGAAAGAACGUAGCAAGAAGUGGUUGGAUCGGGUAGGACUCUCCGGAUUUGAGGAUCACUAUCCAUCGCAACUGUCGGGUGGAAUGCAGCAGCGCGUUGGUUUGGCGCGCGCACUGGCGACCGAUGCGCAGAUAUUGUUGAUGGAUGAAGCCUUUUCCGCACUCGACCCGCUGAUUCGUACGGACAUGCAAGGCGUGCUCUUGAGUCUUCAGGAGGAACUACAUAAAACCAUUGUGUUCAUCACACACGAUUUGGAUGAAGCGUUGCGUAUUGGCGAUACGAUAGCUAUUCUUCGCGACGGUGCUGUUAUACAGCAAGGAACCCCGCAGGAAAUAAUUCUCCAUCCGGUUGACGACUACAUCUAUGAUUUUAUUAAAGACAUUAACAGAAGUCGCGUUAUCCAAACCAAGUCAGUUAUGACACCGGGUGAAGCCGUCGACAGCAGUCUCACUCUGUCACAUGAUCUAGUGCUUGAAGAGGCGAUACAGUUGGUGACAGCGACAGAAUCAAUGCAAGGCAAUGUCGUUGACGAAAAUGGUGAAGUGAUUGGGAGUGUCAGUCUCGAGCAGAUCGUUGAUGGCAUCGCUCGCCCGGUCGCGGCCAGUGGGGAUGAUGUCCAAUAUCGAUAA